AUGACUCGUGGAAGCGGACGUGGUCGAGGCAGAGGCCAAAAUAUUAAUGCGGAACGUGAAACUGCUAUGAAUAAUCCCGUGAACUUUGCGAAUACUUUGGAAAACAUGGUGGCUGCUAUGCAGGCAACGGCUGAGACCAUUGGUCAGCAAGUUAAUAAUGGAGACAUGAGUAAUGGCGAAAAUAGGCUGAUGACCUUAGCAACUUUUCUGAAGAUAAACCUACCAACUUUUAGAGGAACCACGAAUCCCACAGAGGCUGAUAAUUGGUUUCAGGCAACGGAAUGGGCUUUGCAAGUGCAACAAGUUCCUGAAGAUCAAUGUGUUGAGUUUGCUACUUAUCAGCUGAUGGGUGAAGCUCUUGGAAAUGAAUGUUCGGCAUUCAUACUAUUAAUUGCCAGUGUGUCGGAUGAUGAACAAAGUUUGAAUCAGAUUUCAGUUGUGAAUGAAUUUCCAGAAGUAUUCCCUGAGGAUAUACCUAAAUUUUCUCCUUCUCAAGAAAUUGAAUUUGCGAUUGAGCUGGUUCCUAGAGUAGGACCAAUUUCAAUUGCGCCUUACUGA